CGACUGCACCACACUGGUUGAUUCACACACACAUUUCGACGACGGUCUGCCCGUGACGCACUAUGAUUCUGGUGGAGAUUUCACGUGCUGUCCGCUGAGGAGUCACCCGCGACAAUAUUGUUUGAAAAAAAAAAUAAAAAAUACAGUUGCAGUCGAAUCGAAUUCAGCCGGCCACCCGACAGACAACUCCCAAAAUAUUAUUAUUAUUACUACACAUUCGAAGUGCAACAAAUAACAUCAAAAAUGUACGGGCUCUUAUUGGAAAACCUUUCGGAGUAUAUAAAAAAAAUGUACGGCGAAGACAGAUGGGAAGAGAUCCGGCGAAUGGCCAAUGUGGAUCAACCUAGUUUUAGUGUACACCAAGUCUAUUGUGAAACGCUUAUUCCACGACUAGCGAAAAAAUCCCAACAAGUACUUGGAAUUACGGAGAAAGAAUUUUUCGAACAAAUGGGAGUUCAUUUUGUCAGUUUUGUCGGCCAAUACGGCUAUGACCGAGUACUAUCGGUAUUGGGGCGGCACAUGAGGGACUUUCUAAAUGGUUUGGACAAUUUACACGAAUAUCUGAAGUUUUCAUACCCAAGAAUGCAAGCGCCUUCGUUCAUUUGUGAAAACGAGUCUAGACAAGGAUUGACAUUGCAUUACCGUAGUAAACGCCGUGGCUUCGUGUACUAUACAAUGGGCCAAAUAAAAGAAGUGGCUAGGCAUUUCUAUCACAAGGAAAUGCGCAUUGAGCUAGUUCGUGAAGAGAUUUUAAUGGAUACAGUGCACGUGACGUUUCAAUUGAAAUUUGAUAAUAGAGCGUUCACAUUAGCAUCGAUGACAAUGACAAGGGAGGAAAAACAUCUUCCAAUAAGUGCAUCGGUGCUGUUCGAAAUAUUUCCGUUUUGCAUUGUGUUCAGCUCCAACAUGAUUGUUCAAAGCAUUGGCAAUUCACUGAUGGUCAUUUUACCAGAUCUAGUUGGAAAACGGAUUACCAAUUGGUUUGAUCUUGUCAGACCUUUAAUAGCUUUUAAAUUUCAAACGAUUUUGAAUCGAACUAACAAUAUUUUUGAACUUGUUACUGUUCAACCAGUGCUUUCCAAUCGACCAACAGACAGACACGUCAUUCUAAGCGAUGAAUCUUAUUUUUCUCCAGAAGAAAACAAACUUCGAUUGAAAGGACAAAUGAUUUACAUGGACAAUUGGCAAAUGAUGAUGUACUUGGGUACGCCCGUAAUGCCUGAUCUCAAUGCACUAGUAACUACUGGCCUAUACAUAAAUGAUCUCUCCAUGCACGACUUCAGCAGGGACCUAAUGUUGGCAGGGACACAACAGUCGGUUGAAUUAAAGCUGGCACUCGACCAAGAGCAGUUAAAGUCAAAAAAACUGGAAGAGUCGAUGCGGAAACUAGAUGAAGAAAUGAAGCGUACUGAUGAGCUGCUUUAUCAGAUGAUACCCAAACAAGUGGCCGAUCGACUGAGGUCGGGUGAAAAUCCCAUAGACACAUGCCAAAUGUUUGACAGCGUGUCCAUAUUAUUUUCGGACAUAGUCACGUUUACCGAAAUAUGUAGCAGAAUCACCCCAAUGGAAGUGGUUUCAAUGCUGAACGCCAUGUAUUCUAUAUUCGACACACUGACAGAGCGAAACAAAGUUUAUAAGGUCGAAACCAUUGGUGAUGCAUAUAUGGUCGUUUCGGGUGCACCGAUGACUGAAGACAAUCACGCGGAGAAAGUUUGUGAUAUGGCAUUGGAUAUGGUCGACGCUAUAACAGAUCUAAAAGAUCCGUCGACAGGGUCUCAUUUGCAAAUCCGCGUCGGCGUGCAUUCCGGAGCAGUGGUGGCUGGUAUUGUCGGUUUGAAGAUGCCGAGGUACUGUUUGUUCGGCGACUCGGUCAACACUGCGUCCCGGAUGGAAUCCACGAGCGAAGCCAUGAAAAUCCACAUAUCCCAGACGACCAGGGAUCUGAUUUCGGCGUCGUACAUGGUCAAAGAACGCGGCGCCAUGAAAACGUAUUGGCUGGAGCACCGGGAAAGCCGACCCCCGUUGAGUCGAGUCCUGCCGCUGGCCAACUCCGAUGUACCGGAAUUGGAGUGGGAGCGCAGCGCCGAUGCUGUGUUCGAUAUUGUGGAGCGCAACACGGACAUGAACAUGCAGUUGGCCGAAGACAGGAUCAGGACGUACUCGCCGGUGACAUUUCAAGAAGUGGCCAGGCACUCGAUAUCGCGUUCGCCGGUCAGAGAAUAUUACCGAGAGUCCAGGUCGAACUCAAUAAGUUGCACGCCCAUCGUUUCCCAGAAGGAGCUGCAACGAUUGACCUGUCUGAACAGGAGUUCGUCGCCACUGUCGCGGUUCGCAAGGAAAAUCGAACAGUUGCCAAAGCCGGACUCCACUUCGGCCAUGGCUGCCGUCGUCGCCGUCCAGAGGCACAGAUUCGUGAGAAACGCGGGCGGUGGUCGUGGCGGCACUCAGACGGCCCCGUCAUCGCCAGAGACGCACAAGGAAGAGGAUACGUUGGCCGAGUCGUCACCGAUACUUCCGGUGGAACUUCCGGAGCCACCCUCGGUGGUGUCGGCGCCAUCCCCGUCGCCACCUCCGCCGCCACCACCGCCUCCGCCGCCGCCGCCGCCGCCGGCGGCUACUAAGUCCAAUCCCGUGCUGGUGCACGUGGCCGAUUACGUUUCGUCCGAUUGCGUGGACAGCGUCGAUUCGGACGACCAGCGAUCGCUGCACACCCGCGAGGUCGACCUGGGCGGAUCGGAAGGGUCUGACGACCACCCGCACCCUUUCCCGGAAUCCUCCGACGACGAUCUACCCCCGGACGACGACGACGACGAUGACGACAACGACGAUUUGGACCUGUCUUCGGUCGGCCCGACCACUCCUCUACCCGCGUCGUCGUCGUCGCCAUCGGUGUCGCCAACCGGUGCCCGAGCGGUGACCGCGUCCAAGUCGGACGGCCAGAUAUACGGCCGGCAGCGGCGGUGUGACGCACUCGACGACAACGCUAGCACUUCCAGCCUGAACCGGAAGACUCAGUGUUGCAUGAGCUUCAAGACACAUCCGAAGUCGUCCAGGAAGCGCUCGCAGUCCCAUUCUUGCAGGUUGAUCUAAGCGCCUGUAUCGCACCUCAAGUCCCUCGUGUAUAUAUUUAUAUAUUAUAUAUUAUAUUCAUGAUAACCGCUUUUAAGUUACCACACGCCGAGAGUCACGAACUCGUUUAAGAGCCGUAUUCCGCAGUAUUUUUUUUUUUACUAUUCAAAAUUUAGACUUAUCGUGGGUUGGUUGAAAUAAAACUGCCAUAAUAUUAUGUUCUAUUACCGCUGAACACUGCACAAUUUAGCCAAAAUCACGUUGCACAAUAGUUAUUCGAUUGAUAUAAGCAUUUUUAAUAAUAUUCCAAAAUAUUGAAUCGACGCAAAAAUAAAUUAUCAAAUAUUGUACUGUACAAAUAACCAUAUGCCUACAACAGACCAGCCUCUAUUUUACUGUUCAUUAAUUAAAAAUGCCAUUGUGUAGUACCUAUCAAUAAAAAGUGUGUGUAAUAAACAAGCAUAUUAUGUUUUAAUUUGGCAAACAUUUUCAACGAGUUCAUGCUCCCAAUAUAAUUAUCAAAACCAACAUAAAAAGUAUGCAGUAUGAGUUAUUUUCUUGUAGGAGGGAGGGAGUUUUUGAACUCAAAGCUGUGGUUUAUUAUUGUACGAAUAAGGUCUUAUGCUAAACCGUUUUUGUAGAUGGCAUGUCAUCAUCGCCUGUAGAUAUUAAAUUGGCGCAACCUUUGUUUUGUGUGUCUGUGUGUGAUAUGACUUAAAUAUAUAUUAUAUAUUAUAUAUUAUUAUUAUGUGUAUACGAUCGAUUUCAAGUUAUUAGUCAAUUUUAUUCGACAGCGAAUAGUGUAAUAUUUCAAUAACUUGUUUUGAUAUAAUACACAAAUAUUCCUGAAAGAAAACAAAAAAAUCGAACCAUUGUAUUGAAUUGUA